CGACAGUUUCCGGUUCCGGCGGAAGUCAAUAACAAGAAGCUCCGUCUCUCUCUCUGCGACAUGAGCAGCUCGGUGACGGUCAGAGUACUGCGGAGGCUGCAGGGGCUCCGGGCCGGUCCAGUCAGAGGUCCGGCGGGGCUCCGGGCAGAACCGGGUCGGUUCCUGUCCAGCGGCGGUGCCAUGAACGUGUUCAACCGGGACAUGAAGAAGAGGCAGAAGCAGCGGGUCGCGGCCCUGAAGGACGGACACCAGUACGACUACCUGAGGGACGAGGUCGGCAGUCGAGUGGCGGAUCGAGUUUACGACAUCGCCAGGACGUUUCCGCUGGCGUUGGACAUUGGAGGUGGAAAAAGUCACAUCGCCGAACAUUUGAACAAGGACGUGGUCCAGAGUUUGGUUCUAACCGACGUCUCUCAGCAGAAUCUGAAGCGGUGCCGACAGACUGAGGUCCCGACUCGGUGCGUCGUGGUUGACGAGGAGUUUCUGCCGUUUAAGGAGAACACCUUUGACCUGGUGCUGAGCAGCCUCAGCCUCCACUGGAUCAACGACCUGCCCGGCGUUCUCAGACAGAUCCAGCAGGUGCUGAAGCCGGACGGCGUGUUCAUCGGGGCCAUGGUGGGCGGGGACACGCUGUACGAGCUCAGGUGUUCCCUCCAGCUGGCCGAGAGCGAGAGAGAAGGAGGAUUCUCUGCUCACGUUUCACCGUUCACCGCCGUCACCGACCUGGGAAACCUGCUGGGAGGAGCCGGGUUCAGUCUGCUGACCGUGGACGUCGAUGAGGUUCAGGUUCACUAUCCAGGAAUGAUGGAAGUCAUGACGGAUCUCCAAGGGAUGGGGGAGAGUAACUGCGCCUGGAACAGGAGGUCGCUGCUGCACAGAGACACCAUGUUAGCUGCUGCUGCUGUUUAUAGAGAGAUGUACGGGAACCAGGACGGCUCAGUUCCAGCCACCUUUGAGAUUCUCUACAUGAUUGGCUGGAAGCCUCAUGAGUCUCAGGCCAAACCGGCGAAGCGAGGCUCGGCCACAGCGUCGUUUGGAGAUUUAUCGCAGAUCAGCCGACCUACCGACACAGGCCGGUCAUAAAGCCAGCAGGACAUUUAUUCAACCCUGUUUCAUAGCAGGAAGCUGGAAUCAUUGACUGUUAGACUGAAAAAUAAAACUCUUUCGCCCACACGAGGCUGGAAACUGAUUCCUGGACCUCUAUGGAGACGAUUGUUCAAGAUUAGUUUAAAAUUGCCCCAGUUGACUCUAAAUUUUGGGAUCUCCAUCGCAGAGGUUGGAACAAACCGCUCUGCUCCUCAUCAGUAGAAAGAUGUCUCUCCAUGCUGGAUGGAUCUCCAACUAUGAGCUCUGUUCUGUUUUUGAGCCACGCUGACUUUGAUUGGUUUUCCUCUCAGUCUGUCUGUGGAAACACUGCCUGCAGUUCAACCUGAAAACUCCAGAUAUUUGUAACCUUAUUUAUUUAUAUGUCAAUAAAUCAGAGUUUGGUGUGAA